AUGUUCCAUCAACCGCCAGAUAAGCCUCGCGCGACUGGCUUCGAUGAUGAUACGUUCGGGUUUGUCAACCAGGCUUGGGAUAGGUAUGGCUUCGGCAACGUGUCGUCGCCUCCUCCGGCGAUGCCUCCGCAGCCCAUCCAGAGGACCGGACGGGCCUAUUCCACGGCAUCGGUAAUGGAUUGGACCCCCGAUCUCGACACGACCUUUCACCACCACGGCGACGGAGUGGCCAUGUCGCCAGUAGAAAAUGUCGAAAUGGACAGCCUGGGUACGGCUCAGGGAGGGGGAGGGGUUGGCCGCUUGGUUGCGCAUUUCGAGAACAAAGGAUAUGUCCCGCCAUUGCCUCCUCGGCCCAUCAGCAACCAGCAGCAUCAACCGCAUCAACCGCACCACCUUGGCACCAGCCCUUCAAUAUCGUCGCAGUUUGGCAGCCUAAAUUCCGUAGCCCAUACGCAUAGGAUCUCGAGCCCGGUUGCCAGCUCAGGUGAAUCCCAAUAUGGCUCGCUCGGCGUCCAUUCGCCCCCAACUCCCAGUCCAAUCGCCACCAGCAUGGGUCGCUCUGGUAGCGUGCACUUUGGCAGUUUCCAUGAUACUCAGCAGGUGCAUAGUCCCGGCAUUGGUACGCCAUUUGGAAGUAUGGAUGGGUUCAUGAAUUCCACCCGUGUGAAUAGUCCGAUGGUAUCGACUCCAAUGGUGACGACGCCAAUGGUAACGACCCCCAUGGUGUCUAGCCCCAUGGCUACUCCCGGAGUGCCUGGUACACCUGGAUUCGAAAUAUGGCGACCUCCUCCCUCAAUGACUCCCAAAACCGAACCCUCCCAACUCAACAACCCAGCCAACAACUUCGGUUAUUUCAGACCUCCCGUGCCGACAACGCCAAAGCCGGUUGUGAACACAGGUAACCAGUUCAUCUUGGAAUUCAACCCGAGCGCCAAGGCAGCCAAAGGGAAAGCCCCAGCGAAACCACCAAGGCCACGAUUGCCUCCACGGCCAAUGUCUCCUCCUCCUAAACCGCCUCGACCCUCAGAACCGUCGUCGUCUUCAUCCACACCUCUCGCUGUGAGCUAUAUUGCACAACGACAGGAUUCGAUUUCUCUUCGUGCCCAGGCAGGUACUAGGCCGUCACGGGAACAGGUUCCUGCAGAGGCCUGGGAGCAAUAUAAAUCCACCAUCAGAGCCCUCUAUCUUGAAGAACGAAAACCGUUGAAAGAAGUCAUGAGCAUCAUGGCUGACAAAUAUGGCUUUCAAGCAACGCCAAAGAUGUACAAGACUAGAUUCUCUCAAUGGGGUUUCGUGAAGAACAAUACAGAGGAGGAGGUCAAGCGGCUGUUGUCGAUGAAGUUCCAGCGUGAUGCCGAAGGCAAAGUUUCCGAAUUUGUCCGAAACGGCAGAGUGGUAAACCUGGGUACUUACUUGAAACGAAAGGGAGUGACGGAGUACGAUUUGGUGGAUUUCGAGUUACCCGCCGAUCUCCCAGCUCAUAUUCGAUGCAGAACGCCAACGCCACCUCCGGCGCUUCGGUCACCCGAUCUCCUUCGCGCACAAGAGGUUGUGGUUGGAAACAUGCGCAAGGCCUUUUUGCACUGUCGACAAUUUGAAAUGGAGACGGAGACGCAAAUUGGCUGGCCAUCAACCAUGGUUUGGGGAGCCGGAUCAAGCGAGUUAUUAGUCGAAGCCAACUUUUAUUUCGAAGCCCGCGACGCAGACCAAGGCGGUGACUACCUGAUGCGGGCUUUCAAGCAGCUCGAGGUGGACCUGAGAAAACUUUCGCCGCAGGGCAUCAUGGAACUCAUCUUGGGCAUGAUUAAUCGCGAUCCCGGCAUGAUGACGGCUCUGUGCAAAUACCUCGCGGCAUACUCGACGACUAAUUUGGAGCGCACGCAUCCUCUUCGGCAAAUCUUCACCUGUUUGUAUGAAGUGCAACAAAAGCAUGGAGCGCAGACACUGUCUGAACUCUUGUGGACUAGUAUUUCCACAAUUGCAGAGGAACUUGAAGCCAUCUAUGGACGCAAGCAUCCAUAUGUGGCUCGAACAUGGGCUGACCUUGCAAUGUUUUAUAACCACGUGAACCCUGAGAGGCUGGACAAGUUGGUUAUUGAGCUUCGUGUUCUGCAGAGGCAGCUCGAGCAACGGCAUGGCCAUUCCAGCGUCGAGGUAGUGUCUAUCCGAUAUGCUAUUUUGCUGUUGGUGUAUGCGGGGGCGCCUCAAUCAGAUGCCGCGAAGCAAGCAGCAAACGAUUAUUGGAAUAUGUUGCGAAAUAUGGGUACCAUGUUUCCCAUGCGCGACUCCCGCCCGAAUUGCUAUUGCUACCAUAGCCCUCUCAAGGUCGACCCAUGGACAAAGAGAUGUCGGAGGCGGUAUGACUCACUCGUAACCAUCCUGGAAGAGCAUGUGGGAGUGAGAAUUCACCCUUAUUUCGAAGAGGACUUCCACACAACCGAGCACGUCCAAGAGCCACAGAAUGCAUGGGCCGCAGCUCUCCAGAUGGGUACGUCGAGCAGAUCAUGGGGCUUUAUUUAA